GGGCGGCCGGGGCUGCUCGGCCCCGGGGCGGGGGUGGGGGGCAGCCGCCCGCCCGCCCGCCCGCCCGGCGCCGCAGCCGGCUCGGCAGCCGGCACACGGAUUUACGGCGCGGACCGCAGGCUCCGGAGCGGCCCGGCAGGGAUGGAGGGAUGCGAGUGCAGCCGGGAGCAGCAGGACACCGGCACAGCCCCGUGGGGGUCGGCGUGAAGGCGAUUCCCUGUGAGGACACAGCAGGAGCCCCCCGGACCCUGCAGGAACCUCACUGGGAACAGGGAGAGCUCCCCUUCUGCCCCGUCACCUGCCGCGUUUCCAGGGAUCUCCGCCGGGAUCUGGGGCUCGGAGCCCGGAGCCGUGCUAGUGCCGUAGGACUGCUGGAGAGCCUGGCGGCGAUGGGGGACCCAGCAGCGAGGAGGGGCGUUCCUCCAGGAGGCCCCGCGGAGCCGUGAGCCCUGGCUGCUGCUGGCGGAGGCUGCCUGGGGCUGGGCUGCUCGGCCAGCCCUGGGCCGGGGGCAGAGCCGCGCUGCCCGCAGGGCGCGGCCGCCGAGGGGCGACGGGCCGGGGGCGGCUCUGCCGGGGCAGCCCCGAGCCCCGGGACGGCGGGGCUGCCGGCCGAGCCGCCGCUGCUGCUGCAGGCGCCUCUUCCCGGGGUGGCAGCGGGGGACAGAGCGCUCGGUGGCCGGGCUGGCCGCGGCUGCGGCCCCGCGCAGCGCCCCCGGCACCGCUCCCCGAGCUCAGACACUGCCAGGGCCGCCCGCCUCGCCAUGGUGCUGCCGCCGCCCGACAAGCGCCACGUCUGCCUCACCACCAUCGUCAUCAUGACCAGCAUGGCCUUCAUGGACGCCUACCUGGUGGAGCAGAACCAGGGGCCCCGCAAGAUCGGCGUCUGCAUCAUCGUGCUGGUGGGGGACAUCUGCUUCCUCAUCGUGCUGCGCUACGUGGCCGUGUGGGUGGGCGCCGAGGUGAAGACGGCCAAGAGGGGCUACGCCAUGAUCCUGUGGUUCCUCUACAUCUUCGUGCUGGAGAUCAAGCUGUACUUCAUCUUUCAGAACUACAAAGCGGAUAAGAAGAACCUGGAGACGGUGGCCAGGAAGGCUCUGACCCUGCUGCUCUCCAUCUGCGUGCCGGGGCUCUACCUGGUGCUGGUGGCCUUGGACAGCAUGGAGUACAUACGGACCUUCCGGAAGAAAGAGGACCUGCGGGGACGCCUCUUCUGGGUGGCCCUCGACCUGCUGGAUAUCCUGGACAUCCAGGCCAACCUGUGGGAGCCGCACAGGACCGGCCUGCCCAUCUGGGCAGAGGGGCUCAUGUUCUUCUACUGCUACAUACUCCUCCUGAUCCUGCCUUGCGUGUCCCUCAGUGAGAUCAGCAUGCAAGGGGAGCACAUUGCCCCGCAAAAAAUGAUGCUCUACCCCGUCCUCAGCCUGGUCACCAUCAACAUUGUCACCAUCUUCAUCCGGGCCAUCAACAUGAUCUUGUUCCAGGACAGCAGGGUCUCCACCAUCUUUAUCGGCAAGAACAUCAUCGCCAUCGCCACCAAGGCGUGCACCUUCCUGGAGUACAAGCGGCAGGUGAAGGAGUUCCCGCAGAACGCCAUCGCCCUGGAGCUCCAGCAGAACUCCCUCUCGCACAACCAGACCAUCCACAGCGUGCAGGGCAUCCCCCACGAGCCGUCGCCCACCAGCGAGAUCCUGGACACAUGAGGGGUCCCCCGGGCCGGCGUUGGUUCAGACGGCCGCGUGCCGAGCCGAGGAGGGAUGAUGCUGCUUUCCUGCUGCCCGCUGCAAGCACGACAGACAAAUCCCGGCAGCGAGGGCUCUUCUAGGCACAGGAACACCAACCACGUUCUAAUUGAGCUGUGGAGUGUCCUCCAGACGUCUUCAUCUCAGGUAUAACCCUAGGAGUCCUCCAGACAAACCAAAUGGACUUGCAAAGGACCUGAACCAGCUGACCCUCUCUCUCCCCACUCCUGCCACCAUCUCCCCUCCCGAGCAAAGACCGCUAAGGUUGCAACGUCCCUUUUUACUCCCCGAGCUCCCCACCUUUACUCCAAGCCUGGAUCGAAGAUUUUGUUACUGGAGACCUUUUUACGGAGCGGGGCCGAGGGCACGGGGGUGCGGAUCGGGGGGGAGGGUGGGCUGUCUGAAGCAGUAAACCCUGUGAUCGUAGAUGUCUCUUAUCCUCUUAUCUCCAAUGGUUGUGUUUACAGUUCCUGUUUCUGUCGGCUCCGGGGCUCUCAGGCUGCCCCGUGGGCCGGUGUGCUCAUGCUGGGUGAGAGCAGGGAGCCUGCACUGGGGAGGGGGGCUGGGGCUGGCGUGGCUGCCCUGCACCAGCCCUGCCGUGAGCAAUACCUGCCGAGCUAAAGCUGAUCUGGUGCCGGUGUUUCACGUGUUCCAUUCACUCCAAACCACUCAGCACAAUGUUUCUACUUCUGGAAGGGUCCCUCUGUCUGUCUCUCCCUGCCAUGGGGAGCCUCCCUGCCUGCAGCCUCUGUGGCCUCCGGCACUGCUGCAGGCACCAGGAGGGGCUGGGAACGAGGAUGGCAGUGAUGCAUUUCACUCUGGCAUCAAGAGUUUAUAAAGAGGGCUGCUUUCCACAGCUACUGUAUUUUUAAAAUAAACAUAAAAAAAAAAACAACACAAAAAACCCCAACAAAUAAACCCCAGAAAAGAGCUGGGAAGGAUGUGCUGCCCUGGGCA